UACCUUGGAUCAUAAGUCAUAACAAACUUUUGAUUUCUGACAUUUGAAAUGGAUUGUGAGACUAAGUUAUGGCUGGUAGUUCUUUUUUUGUUCUCCAGUGCAAUAUAUUGUGUUGUUGGAGAGCCCCAAGUACCUUGUCUUUUCAUAUUUGGAGAUUCUUUAUCAGAUAAUGGAAACAACAAUGACCGUGCUACUGGUGCCAAAGCUAAUUACAAACCUUAUGGAAUUGAUUUUCCCGAUGGUCCUACCGGAAGAUUUACAAAUGGCAGAACUUCUGUUGACAUAAUCACUGAUCUUUUGGGAUUUGACCAUUAUAUUCCACCCUAUGCAAAUACCAGUGGUUCAGACAUUGUUCAAGGUGUUAAUUAUGCAUCCGGUGCAGCAGGAAUUCGCAAUGAGACUGGAACACACAUGGGUCAAGAUAUCAGCAUGGGAUUGCAAUUAGAACAUCACAAAGAUAUUGUUUCCCAGAUCGCCGCGAAACUUGGAAGUGACAAAGUGCAACAACAUCUUAAUAAGUGCUUAUAUUAUGUAAAUAUAGGAAGCAAUGAUUACCUUAACAACUACUUCCUGCCAGAACAAUAUCCAUCUAGCAGAAAGUACAAUACUAACCAGUAUGCUGUAGCUCUUAUCGAAGAACAUGCAACUUAUUUAAAGGCUUUGUAUGAGCUCGGAGCAAGAAAGUUUUCUCUGAUUGGAUUGGGGCCUAUCGGUUGCGUUCCACACGGGAAAACUGGUAAAUUGUGUGUUAAAGAGGAGAGUAAAGCAGCAAAUCUUUUCAAUGACAAACUUAAAUCUCUUGUCGACCGUUUCAACAAAGAAUUACCUGAUGCAAAACUCAUCUUCAUUAACACUGCUAUCAUGAAAGAUAGUAGCUUAUAUCCAAAUAUGGAGAUUUUGAAAUGUUGCAAAAUCGGGUCAAACGGACAGUGUAUCCCUAAUGAGGAACCAUGCAAGCAUAGAAAUUUGCAUCCAUUUUUUGAUGGAUUUCAUGCAUCUGAGGUUGUCAACAAAGUCACUGCAAAAUUGGCUUAUAAUGCUCCGUUUCCUGCCUUUGCGCAUCCAAUGGAUAUUAGUCAUCUUGCUAAGUUGUAACAAGAUGAAUCUCUCCCUCUCUUGGUCAUGUUACUUAUCGAAUUCUUCAACGCAAGAAAACUCUCAUCAUAUCCUAGAGUUAAAGUUUUCGUGAAAAUAGAGAGUUCAAAUCACUUGUGCGGUCGAUUUUACCACGAUAUGGAAAGUAGAAUAGGGUUGACAAACAUGUCGAUUAAUGUGUAAUCUCCAUACUUAGUGUCUUAAUACACAAGCUAAAUAGAUCAUAGAAGCUUUCAUAAUA